AUGUAUCAUGCGUCCGUUGUGAAGACAGCGAACAUUAGUCUUCCGCUCAGCUUCAACCAUUCAGUGCUUGCAAUUUUAGUCGAAAACCAGGGUCACAUCAACUAUGGAGCCUCCAUGGUGGGCGAUGUGAAGGUGAGUAGCUUCUGUUUUCUGCCAGAUUCUCCUUGAAUGCUCUUGCUCAUGGCCUGAAUCCAGUCAGCUUCUGUGGGUUUUAACGAAGCACGCCGUUUAGAGUGGGGGGAGAGGGUAAACACGCCUUUUUGCGCACUGCAACUACUCGCCGGAUAGCGCCUGCUGGGGUCGGCCUAUUUUCCUCUACUUCUGCUCUUAUCAUCCCUGAAUCGUCAUCUCUACUCCUACACAGAGUAAACAACUUCAUUUCUCCCUUAUCGAUUAGAAAUGAAUGUCCCACUGGUAUGAUAAGUGGUUAGCUUGCAUGUUUGGGGAUAAGUUUCGCGUAAUUCCCAGUACUUUGCUUUAUAAAAGGUGUCCUACAGUUUCUGGUAAGAUCCGAGUAGCAUGGACUCAAGCCAUAGGGCGCGUGUGUUUGCUAUAAUAUAAAUGGACUCUCAGGGGUCUAAACCCCUAAACGGCCCUUGUCUUCCCAACCUGGUCGAAGCGCAUAGCCGUCGCUGGCGUCUUCAGUGAGUUCCCGUUUGUUCGUGAUGUAAAUGGAUCCCGUUGCAUCGGGAAUGGGUCCACGAUGUAAUAGAACGACUCACCGGGGCUUGUCCAAAAACAAGACUUUUCAGCAACCUAUCCGAAUAAUAAAUUUGGGCUUACUUAUGCGGCGUUUCAUCAAACUUGGUUAUUGUGUCUUCGGUGCAGACGCAACGUAAAGCGGUGACUCUUCGCUCCCUACGUAUAUUAGCUUUUCUUUGUCAAAUUUCCAGAGUGGCAGUCUGUGCAUGCCUGACAUGCUCGGUCGUGUAUUAAGGAUUUUACGUCUUUUGGAAUGAUCUCGGCUCGUUUUGCUUCCUUUCCCAGCCAUCUGGUUGAUAGAAGACCUGUUCUAAAUGUGAUUUCCUUUUGGCCUUUACAACCAAAUUAACUUUGCGACAUUGACCUAUCGCUGCUUUUGAGGUCAUCCGUUCCCAUGAGAUAUCCAUCAGCAGCGCUGUACUACCCAGGGACUUGUACUUACUUGUACUUGAUACGGCUGAGAUCAUGCCUGAUCUAGCCGGCCUCGAUGAUGUAACGAACUGUACCUCUCCACGCGUGACGACCCGCGGCAUCAGAUCUGGACAGCUCAACCCAUUCCCUUCGUCAACGACGUAGACCGAAUAGCGAAGGUCCAAGAACCACCUCCAUGUCUUGACGAACUGUGUCGAGCCAGGUUUUGAACUGAACCCCUCUUGGACGCCUCCAACGGUGUCGGAUCGAGGGCAGUAACACUGAGCUUCUGAGGUGGACGACGAAGAACAUGCCCGAACCACCUCAGUCAUCUUUCUUGGAUGGCCUGAGUUAUCCUUGCGAUGCUGUCGCAGCGAGCGCGAACUGUCUCCUUUGUAACGAUGUCGGUGAACUUCACUCGAAGGAUGGUCCUCAAGCGGUGGUGGUCAAAUACCUUCAGUUUUCGCUCGUCCUCCACGCGCAAACCCUAGCAUUCACAAUCGUAGAGAAGGACAGACCGGACAGAUGCUCGGUACACACGAAUCUUAGUGGCGAUGAAGAGGUUACGUCGGAUCCAUAGGCAUUUCCGAAGGCUUGAGAAAACCCAGCGGGCAGCAUCGAUUCGGGAAACGAUGUCGUCCUUAUUCUGCCCAUUAGACAGCAGCCUAGCCCCUAGGUAUUUAAAACUGUCCAAUUCUUCAAGUUGACAGCCAUCAAUCCCGAGGGGUGACUUCUCCUGGUCAGGGAUGCAGCUUGAAAACACUUUGGUCUCCCCAGCGUUUAUAGGUAAACCAACCGAUUUAGCGACCUCGUUCACUCGUGACACCAUAGACUGCAGAUCAUCAAAACUUCACGCAGUCUCUACAAGUUUAGGCUGUGCACGGCUUGGCCUCCCCUGAAAACACGUUGUUGCAAUGUACCGUUUUAGUAAACUGGAUUUGUCGCGACAGUGCUAAAACACACCAUACGACAGUUGAGCCGUCGUUACUGUCGAUGUCCACCGUGUUCUGCACAGCAAAGUGGGUGCGGAGACGGUGACUUGGGCUGGAAUUACUUUACAGUGACAGUGUUGGAUAAACACGUACCCUUUACUCCAUCCACUGAUAGGCAGUAUUGCCCAUACAGAGCGUCCGUGUAGGUCAGAACAAUAAAACAGCUAACUAGCCAGCGGCCAACGUGUGUAGACGGCCCCUCUCCCGCAGCCCAGGUCUGCCAAAUCCGUUUACUCGCCGGUGGCAGACAUUUUUCAAGCAUCGAUGUGUUUAGACCUCAUCUAAUGUCUGUAUGAUUCAACCAGCAAACUGUUGUGUGGCCAUUUUUGCUGGAUUCUUUUGUUUUUGAGCCCACUGUGAGCAAUAACUCGGGCACUUCAGUUGAUCAUUACAGCGAUGACUCGAUUGAUUUCGACUGUCGAUGUUUUCACAUUUGAAACGAAUUAACAGCGUGUCAGGCUUCCUGCGAUUUGCAGACAACUAUUUGGUGCUUUUCAGGGAGUGGUUUCUUAUUUCUCGGUAGCGGUCGUACUCCUGAUUGGAUUCGACUGCCCGGUCGAAUCUCUUGUUCCCCGCCUAUUCGAAGAUUGCCUGCUUCCGCAAGACACGAGAGUUUACAUUCAGUGAAUCCUUUUCAGCCCUCAUCCGAAUGAGCCGAAAACCAACAAACUAAGCAGUUCAAGAAUGACAGUUUGCCUUGCGGCAUUUGCCACAUUCUGCAUGGUUGGCCUAUUUUCAAUAACGUCCUCUUGCCCGGUUGUCAUCAUUUGUUUUACUUCCGCCCCCCCCCUCCCCCCUCAGGGUAUUUUGGGGAGCGUCUAUCUUGACGAUCAAGAGCUUCUGUCGUGGACAAUGACAGCGAUUGAUCUGCGAAAUGCGAUCCCGGCUCUUUCAGGCCAGAGCGACUCGUGAGAUGUUCUUUGACGCGAACUUGCAUUCGUUUCUUUUUUUGUCUUUUUUUGCAUGCCUUCAGCCCCGUCUUCUGCCUGUGUAUUUGCAGUUCCACGCAGUCCCUCCUUCCCGAAGUCGGCAAGAUCUUUGCGGGAGACGUGGAGGUACCUGUCGCCGACGGACGUCCUGAAGACACGUUUGCCGUGUUGAAUGGAUUUACGAGGGUAUGCCUAGGAAGGGAAUACAGCUCAGCUAAUUCACUGACUCUUGCUUUUUCACAUGUGUAGGAAGUUUUAGAGUUACUUCGACAUGUCUGCUUUCUACCUGACGAUUUGGGCCACUUGGUCUGCCGCCACGUGUUGGUAGUUUGUUCACAAAAAACGGUUACCAAUUUAGGAUGGGUACAGUCUGACCUACGCACUGGCACGUAAUUAUCCAAAUGAUGGUGCAUUAGCGCGGACAGAUUUUUGGCGCAUUUUUGUCGAAUGUACGAUCGUGACCCUCUAGGUCCACGAUGGUUUCGACGUGCGAUAUACGCAAGUUGUGCAGACCUUAAUCGAUCCUUCUUCCUCCUGCUUCUAACGUUCGCAAAUGUUGAGCUUUUAUGGCCCUAACGGCGGCUAGAAUGCUCAAGUUGCUGUCCGAUCCGCCUAAGCUUGGAAAACCUGCUGGGCUGGAUGGUUGAUUCUGCAUCAGGAAGCAGACCUCGAGCUUGAGUUUCGGAUUCGCAUAAUGCCUCGACCGGAGUUUUUUUAUUGGUAUAUGCCCCGGACCUCGCCUCAUAAAUGUACUUCUGAACAAUCAGUUCAAUUGACUUUUAUAAUGCAAGUUAAGGUAUUCUCAUAAUCCCACAGUUGCCAUGGUUCAAAGCCACCAAGCCAGCCGCCCGCAUGUAAUUACCUUCGCCGGGACCCACCUUCUCCCUGGCGCUGACUGGAAUUGUGGUGUUUCACUCCCCCCCCCCUCCCCUCUCCAAACCCGAGCUACGGCUCAAUUAUCUACUUGCCCGUAUCUUUUAAUUCAUUACUUAAAUAGCCAUCUAAAUGUACAGGCCUGAAGAGAAUUUAUCGAAAGCAGACGUAUGCUCGCCAAAUUGCCUUUUGUAUUCUCAUAAUUCUUUCACCGAUAAAAGUACUGUUUUUGUCCACCUACUUGGUCCGCAGGGUGUCCUUAUGAUCAACGAUGUCGUCAUCGGUCGUUAUGAUCCUGGCGCCGGACCUCAAAUCAGUCUAUACAUCCCUGCUAGUGUCCUUGUCCUGGGCACCAACACUGUCAAAGUCCUAGAGCUGAGCGGACUUCAAGGACGGUGCCUCAAAAAUGCAACCGAAUGCACGGUUACUUUUCGGGACUCUAUGCUGUGGCGUAAGUAA